AUGAGCGACAUCUGGUUCGAUGGUCCUAUUGCAGAGGCCAUUUCAUUAGUAGCUGAAAAGCAAUGUGUGUUUCUCGUAUACAUCCACGAUGAAUCUGAAAAGACAAACACAUUAAACAAUACCUUGAAAGAUGAGCAGGUUACCAAGGCAAUCCGUGAGAGCACAGUUGCUGUUGCGAUGGAGAGACAUUCAGAAAACGCAGCCUUAUUUGGUCAAUACUAUCCUAUUCAAACUGUCCCCAUACUUUACUUUAUCAAGCAAGGCACUAUUAGAGACUUUGGCAUUGAGACAUUAACUGGUCAAGAAAUUGUUGAUAAGAUUAAUACCGUGAAUCAAAUCUCAACAAAUCCUGCACAACAACCAGUUUCUGCUUCAGUGCCAGUAGCUCCUGCUACACCAGUUCCCGCACCACAACCACCAAUGAAUGAUACCGCGCACAUAGUAGAUACAGCAUCUGCCUCGAAUACAGGCACAGCAAGAAAAGCUGAACAGGAUGAUGAAAUCAACAUAAAGAAAGCAGAAAUGCAAAAACAAUUGGAGCAGGUUCGCAAAGAACGCGCAGAGCGGGAGAAACAAGAUGCCAAAGAUAGAGAAAUCAAGCGAAGACAGGAGGCAAAAAUGCUCCAGGAAGCCCAACAGUCCAGAGUCGAUAAAGAAAACAAGAUUUACUUUGAAAAGAUCAAGAAAGAGCGUCAAGAAGACGAAGCACACAGAAAGAGAGUGCGCGAACAGAUAGCAAGAGAUCGAGCAGAGAAGAUUGCUCAGAGAAAUGCUGAAAAGCAGCGUCAAAAUUCAACAUCGCUUACUACUCUUCCAACCGAGGAAGGCGCUAGCAACAGUAGCUUGAGCAAUAAUAGUCAUCAUGCAUACAGUAAUUUGAACAUUCGUCAAUUAGAUGGCUCCAAUAUUCGCCAUCAGUUUGAAGCUGUAUCAACGUUAUCAGAAGUGCGAAAUUGGAUUCAAGAGAAUCGUACAGAAGAUGCCAAAAAACCGUACAAACUUUCCUCUCAAUUUCCAACUCGUUUAUUCACAGACGCAGACGACAAUACCACCCUAAAGGAUCUGAAUCUCUGUCCAAGUGCAACCAUCAUUAUGAAACCUUUGAAAGCGGGAUCUUCUUCAGCACGCAGUGGCAUCAGCGGAAACAAUGGAGGCGCAACUGAAUAUAUCUAUUCUGCAUUUGAUUUCAUAUACGGAUUUGUGAUCGCACUGAUAAAUAUGUUGACUGGGUUACUAGCCACUCUAUUCCCAACUAACGGAAUGUCUCACACCAAUGUUCCAGCCUCUCAGCAUCAACAACCACUUAUUCGCAGUAUGAGAGGUGGUCAAAGACUUGGAGGUGAAGGUGUCUCUGCUGAAUCAUCUGCUACUGCAUCUUCUUCAGCAGCGCAAAAACGCAAUCCUUAUGCUACAAGAGUCAAUACGCUUCAUGAUGAGGAUGAUUCUGAAGACGAGGAUAAGAGACCUACUUACAAUGGAAACUCUGUCAACCACGAGUAG